AUGUAUUAUAGCAAGCAUAUAAGGGAAUUGUUCGUUAUCGUUCUCGUGAUUGAAUCGUCAUUGUGUGACCUACAUGAACCACGAUGUUACAGUCGGUUUGACUACGAGGAGAAAAUGCUGGAGAAAAUGGUUAGAACUGAGGUCAAGAUGGAGGAGCUCCUCGGUAAACUAGAAGCGCUGGAAAAGAGGCAAACGAAUGUUGAAACUGAGAUGGACACUUCGACAAAGAAAAUACAAGAUCAAGUCAAGAAACACGAUACUGAAAUAGAGAUGUCAGCGAAGGGGAUUCAAGAUUUGGAAGAAAGAUACAAGAGCUUACAAACUGAGUUUGAAAACUCGACAAAAUCCUAUUUUGACGGGCGUGAGAAAUCCCUUGAGGUAUUCGAUCAACGUCUGGACGCUAUGUCCAAGAAUAUUUCAGAGAGUAUGCAACCAUCUCCUGUUGCCUUCUUCGUAAUCAUAUCGUCCCGUUUUACAACAUCUUCCUACCAUCAGACGCUCGUAUUCAACAAACCUGUCACGGACGUAGGCGGGGUUACAACCAGAGGACAGGCGUGUUCACCGCCCCGGUCGACGGUCUAUACGUAUUCUCAACUUCUGUCAUGGUUGACCUGGCCACGUCGAAUACCUUCGCCAAUAUUAGAAUAA